AUGGCCGCUUUACCGAACAUAGAAAGAGAUCUGGCGAAUGCCUUGUCCAAGAGUGCUCAACUGGAGAAGGAACUCAAUGCUCUUCAUAAGCAAAGGACAAUGUUGGAAACACAGCUGACCGAGAACAAGAUGGUUGAAGAGGUACUGUAACAUUCUUUUUGUUUUCUCUUUAGUUGGUGGCACACUAAGUAUCUGUAAAACUCUAUAUAACUUUUGUUUGGCCACUUGAAAUUUUUUAGACUAAUGUGAAACGCUUGUUAGUUUAUGAAACCCGCCGUGCUUUUUUUAAGAAAGAUAAGAGAUAUGUUUGGAGGUGUGUUGAUAUUAUGUUAACGACAGUUAUAAAUGUGUUUUCUAGGAAUUGAAGUUGCUUAAAGAAGGAGAAACUGUUUACAAACUUGUUGGACCUACAUUGUUGAAGCAGGAUCAAGCUGAAGUCAAGCAAAACAUCGAUCAUCGUCUAGAUCACAUCAAAAAAGCUAUGUAAGUUGCUAUUAUGAUUAUUAUUAGUGUUUUUGGAAAGAGUUCAUAAAGUAUGAUAGAUUUAACACAUUGAAAUUUUUGUUAUUGUUUGUUGUUUUAGAGAAACAGUUGAAGACAGUGUCAAGAAGAGUUCGAAACAGAUGGAGGAAGUCAGGAAGACCGUGGUGGAGUUGAAGACCAAACAAACCAAGGCCUAG